GAGGGCCGAAAUUAGCCGAACGAACGAGCGAGCAUAAAGUCUGUGAAGUCCUAAUGAAACUAAAAAUUUGUCGUUCACAUUAUUGAUGUUAAAUUUAAAAAUCCAACAAAAUGAUCUUGUAAAAUCGUAUUAAGACACUUUUACUAUAAUUUUAACAAUAUCGUAGUGUUAUAGUUUUGACUAUUGAAUCCCUAACUUUGUAUUUCGUCGGCAAAGUGAGAGAGUUCAGUGCGAGUGCAAGCAAGGGUGGUAACGAGAAAUGUGAAGUAGUAUCUAUGAAGUUCAGGAUUCGGCCGUUUAUUUUAUACCUAUAAUAAUGAGCGGACGCCCUAGGACCACGUCAUUCGCCGAGGGCAGCAAAUCCGUUCGAAAAACAUUCGAAAAUCAACCACCGAAACCAUUAGGAGGAGUAAAAAUUAGCAGCGACGUGGAUACACCUAAAAAGACCGAGCUGGCUUCGGAAAAGAAAACUGCCUCCUCGCAUCGCAAGGACGGCUCGAAGGUGACUACCGUGGUAGCGACGCCGGGGCAAGGCCCCGACAGGCCGCAGGAGGUGAGCUAUGCCGACAUGAAGCUCAUCGGUAACGGCAGCUUCGGCGUCGUCUACCAGGCCAAGCUGUGCGACACUGGCGAGCUCAUUGCCAUCAAGAAGGUGCUCCAGGACAAAAGGUUUAAGAACCGAGAGCUGCAAAUCAUGCGACGACUGGAGCAUUGUAAUAUUGUCAAGUUGAAAUACUUCUUUUACUCAAGCGGAGAAAAGGUGGCAGUGCCCGACGCAGUUAGCUCUCUGCUAAACGCAAUGCAGUCUCUAGAAGUCGCAAAAGAUGAAGUGUACCUGAAUUUGGUGCUGGAGUACAUACCAGAGACAGUGUAUAAAGUUGCACGUCAUUACGCCAAAGAUGAACAAACCAUACCCAUUAGUUUUAUAAAGCUGUACAUGUACCAGUUGUUCCGAAGCCUCGCGUACAUCCACUCGCUGGGCAUCUGCCACCGGGACAUCAAGCCGCAGAACCUGCUGCUGGACCCGAAGACGGGCGUGCUGAAGCUGUGCGACUUCGGCUCCGCCAAGCACCUCGUGCGCGGCGAGCCCAACGUGUCCUACAUCUGCUCGCGGUACUACCGCGCGCCGGAGCUCAUCUUCGGCGCCAUAGACUAUACUACGAAAAUUGACGUAUGGAGUGCAGGCUGUGUCGUCGCAGAACUGUUGCUCGGACAGCCGAUAUUCCCCGGAGACUCCGGUGUAGACCAGCUCGUUGAAAUUAUCAAGGUUCUAGGUACUCCAACUCGAGAGCAAAUACGCGAAAUGAAUCCUAACUACACAGAAUUCAAGUUUCCACAAAUCAAAAGUCAUCCUUGGGCAAAGGUGUUCCGCGCGUGCACGCCGCCGGACGCCAUCUCGCUGGUGUCGCGCCUGCUGGAGUACACGCCGGGCGCGCGCCUGUCGCCGCUGCAGGCGUGCGCGCACAGCUUCUUCGACGAGCUGCGCGAGCCCAACGCGCGCCUGCCCAACGGCCGCCCGCUGCCGCCGCUCUUCAACUUCACGGAGUACGAGCUGGCCAUCCAGCCCUCGCUCAACGACUUCCUCAAGCCGCGCGCCGCGCCCGCGCCCGACGCGCAGGCGCCCGCCGCGCCCGUCGCCGGCGCCGCGCCCGACCACGACGCGCCAGGCGAGAACGCGGCGAGCGGGCCCAGCGGCGGCUCCCCGGGCGCGUCGUAGACGGCGCUCGCGCCGCGCCCCGCUCCGCCUCGUCCCGCAUCCGACGGACUCUCGUAUCCCUCGCCCUCCGCGCACGUAGAGUCCUCCGCCCGCCCCGCCGAACCGAACCGAUGCGACGGCCUGCGUUACUCGAGCUCGAUGCCCCCGCUCGCGCUAGCGAGGGAAUAGCGACGACCGCUCUCGACGGCGGCGGUGCCGUCGUGUCUGCGGCGGUGGGCCGGGCCGGGCCGGGACUGACCGGGUCGGGCCGGGGCGACGGUCGCGUCGGAUAGCGUAGCGCCCGCAGUGCUCGCUGCGAGCUUCCAGCAUUCAGGCGCUGCCCGCUCUUGAUCGAGAGUCGGUCGUAUGCUAUUUAGUGAUAGUACUUUUCGUGUUGGCCAUCGGGAAAAUUAAAUGCAUAAUAGGUGUUUUCGGCGAGUAAUCGUGUGAUACUGUAGUGUAAUUGUCGAUAAAGCUUGAGCUGUCGUAGUCGGUAAGAAGGGUAAAUCCACUGUAGAAUCUAAACCGUCGCAAUGUGAUUACUUUGUACUUUUGUAAGCUCAAAUUCUUUCCUCGUGUAUAUACCUUAACGCUGCGUUUUUAAAAAUGAUUAACGACAGAUCAACGUCUCGGUAAUUUGUAUAUUACCAUUUAUUAAAUCGUGUAAUAUUUGAAUAUUUAUCAUCUUUUUCCUAAAAGGUCAGCAAUUUAAAACUUCUUUUAACCCUCAUAUACAACAAAAGUAGUCACAUGCUUGUUUCACGUAAACCACCUAUUAAGGUAGCCACAUGAUAUAGCGUGGAUCGUAACUUUGCUUGGGCCGUAUAAUCAGUAGGAAACUUACAGUAGCGCAUUAGAAUAUUUACUACGGGAACGUAUUCCUGACUUGCGAUACGUGUACGCAGCGUACGCCUGAUGUUGCAUAUUUCAAUUAUGAACUUAUCAGAUUGAGCAUUUUGUUGCAAAUAAAAAGCAUACUUGUAAAUUUUUAUAACUAGCGUAAACUGAUCUCUCAAGAUAAUUUUAAUAUUUAAUAAUAUUUCAGAAUAUUAUGUAUUUGUAUAAACAAUUCAAUGGAUUUAAAUUUUAGAUUUACUACAUUAUAAAUAUUUGUUUAAUCGGGCAACUUUACAUUAGUACUUUUUAUUGCAGUGUACCUUCUUAUCCAACGCUGAAUAAAUGUAAUGUAUUUAAUAAGCACUGUCGGUGUCCUAUUGUAACGUCAUAGUUUUUUCGAUAAUAUUGUAUUCUAUAUUCAAUAAAUAAUAUUUCUGCUAUGUAAAAAAAUGUCAUUGAGAACACAUUAAUAGUAGUCAUUUAUAAAAAAAAACGAUGUUAAAAUAAUGAAAAUCAUUGUCAUAGUUUUAAGUAUUUUAGCUAUUUCAUUUUUGCACUUCGAGUUGGCGUACAGUUAUUAGGUAAAGGUAUUAAAAGCCUCUAAAUAUAGAGUAACAAAAAAAUCUUUUAUUCAUGGUUUAAAUGUAGCCUAAAAAUUAACCUUUGGUGUAAAAUAAUUUGCACUAAUUCUUAUAGAGCACCUACACAGAUUAGGCAGCUGGAAAGCGUGACGAGUUUGCAACGGUCUGGUUUGGACUUUAUCAUAAUAACCACAUUCUGUUAAGCAUCGAUAAAUAACGUAAUCACAUUUUCAAUAACGCAUCUAUAGCGUGCCAAGCUAUUACAAAAUCUCUCUGAAACAAGUAAUAUUAAAUUGGCCCCGAUAACGUAUAUAAUAUACGCUCGUAUUAUUACAUAUUUGUAUGUACUAAUUACUUAUAAAUUUUUAGUAUGAUAAGAGAUAUAUUGCGCUCGGCGCACGAUUUCAAAUCACACAUAGUGAAGCUUAGUUGUCGUCCCC